CCUAGCCGCACAGGAGAGAGAGAGCUGCAGAUCGGGGAAGAUGACGACCAGGUUCAAGAAGAACAGGAAGAAGCGCGGUCACGUAUCCGCCGGACACGGUCGUAUCGGGAAGCACAGGAAGCAUCCCGGAGGUCGUGGUAACGCCGGUGGUAUGCACCACCACCGUAUCCUCUUCGACAAGUACCAUCCCGGUUACUUCGGGAAGGUUGGGAUGAGGUACUUCCACAAACUGAGGAACAAGUUCUACUGUCCCAUCGUCAAUCUGGACAAGCUAUGGUCGCUUGUGCCGCAAGAAGUGAAGGACAAGGCCACCAAGGACAACGUUCCAUUGAUCGACGUCACUCAGUUCGGAUACUUCAAGGUCUUGGGAAAAGGUGUUUUGCCGGAGAACAAGCCUGUCGUGGUGAAGGCAAAGCUGGUGUCUAAGAACGCCGAGAAGAAGAUCAAGGAGGCCGGUGGAGCCGUCGUGCUCACCGCCUAGGUUAGGCGAUUUUCCUCCUUCCAUUUCGAUGGACUCGUUUUGUUAUUCGGUUUCAAUCGAUAUCUCUAACGUAGAACUUUUAUCGGAUUUUAUACAUCUAUGUUAUUCUGAGUUUUGAAUUUGAUAUGAUGUGAUUGCAUCUUUCGGUUUCUGCUUGCGGAUCGUCUGAUUGUCAUAUAUUUUCAUCAUCUCCUCUGAUUGCA